CUUUCUUUCGUCCCAACAAUCGCGUUACUCAUCCCCUACAACCACCAUGGCUGACUCGGAUUCUUCCUCCCUCUCAUCCGCGCCCUCUUCAGAAGAUGAGGAGAUGGUCCGCAAGAUGUCCAAACCUGUCGGUAUAAGUCGCUACUUCAAACCUACACUCAAGGCCGAGUCCCCAGAACCACCUCCCAAGCGAGCCCCUUCUCCUCCUCACGAGUACACUCUUGCCGACAAUGACGCGAUUGCGUUCAUUGUUAUGUUCACCAGCCGCUUCCACGAAGCUUUCCCCAAAUAUCUCACAGCACUCGGGCCUCAGGACAUUGAAAGAGGAGUUUCUGGUGAACUCCCUGAUGAACUUGUGGAAAAAUUACUGUGCGCAUUGUUGGGGCUCGUGUUGAAUAGGAAGAAAGAUGUCGAACGCGGUCACUACACAAGAGCUCUGGAAGACGCGAUCUCGUCGAAUCAAGAUCAAUGGCCCACUGUGUGGAAAGGCAUCAACCCAAUACAUGGUGGCAAGAAUUUCAGGAAUAUGACACCAGAAGAGAGAUUGAAUCUGCUGAAGGCCCUCAUACUAUGGACAUUGAAUUCGUCUGAAACCGUUCAAGGUCUCAUCAAAGACUCUUACAAACAGACGCGACGCGAUGACGACAAAAACCAACCAAGAAGCGUGCAACCAUGGUUCUCAGAUCAAUGGCGGCGCAAAUAUUGGCUGGUUGAAGGAUUGGACGACUCUUAUUUCCGAAUCUACCGAGAAAAUGAUGGAAGAACUGCAAAGACAAACACCUGGUUCAGUGUUGCUGGUUCGAUUCCAGAAGUGCUUACAUUAGCGGAUAAAUUCGCCGAGGAACAUACCCAGAACUCGAAACUGAAUAGCGACAAAUUGAGGGCCGCAGUGCCUCGGUUUGAGGCGGGUGAAGAGAAGCGCAAACGUCGCGAAUAUCGUCUGGCUCGAAAAGCCGCCUUUGCCCGACCCGAGCCCGGAUUCUCCCUCUAUGAAGGACGAACACGAGGAAAGAGGAUGCGAUAUACAUAUUCGGACGAUGAAUAUGGUUCGGACGGAUGGUCAAGUCGACCAUCUAGGCGUAUGUCUAUGCCACCAGACAACGGCCCCACCGUCACCGCGAGCGGAAGGCAGGUCAAGUCAAGAGUUGGCGGUAUGUACGGUGAGAGCAUACUUGUCGAUCAACGCAGGGAACUAGAUCGAGCUACCGGGGAAGGCCAUUUUACGGAGACAAGUGAGGACAUGCCUGCGUCUGCACCAACACGUGGAGUUCGCCAAUCAAGAUCGGGUCGGGUGGUGAAGGCUGUAGGCGAGCGGUAUACAAAUGGCGGAGAUUCAGAGAGUGAUGAAGCACAAUCUUCGGGGAAGGAAUGGAGUGGAAAUGAAGAUGAGCCCGACGAGUCGGAGCCCGACUUCGAUGCGGAGGACGAGGAUGAUGAUGAUGAUGAUGACGACGACAACGACAUGAGUGAUGGAGCGCUAGAGCCUGAUGAGAUGGGUGAGGACGACAACACACAGGAGAGUUUGGUGGUCCAAUUGAGGUACAGGAAGGGCAAAGAAGGAGGCGAAGCGAAUCCAGGACAAACUCCCCCUGGAGCACCGCAGGAACAGCUUGUCAAUGGAAACACCAUGAAUGGCAGCGUGGUCUCCGCCGAAGCACUCAAGACGCUACCACAACCUACCGGAAACACAAUCUCAGAUACUAUCGACGUUGUUCCUCGAGCAAAGAGCGUUAACGGUGGUCAGGGAAUCUCAAACGGCAUUGAAAACCAGGAACAGCCCAUACAGCUAUCAGCUCAAACGCUUGUGCAGCAACCGGUGUCCGUACAGCCUAUGGACUUGUCCUGAGUGUGCGGAUUGAGCAUGAUCUGCAAAGCGUGUUUUCUGGACUCAGACAUGUAUCACGAAGUUCGUGGUUAUUGUGCGAGUAUGGUCAAUAGCAACCAGUGAGCCGCCUUGAGAAAUGUUAUAGCAUCAAAUAAUAAUCGGACUGUUCCAAUUCCAC